CAUGCGCAUGCAAAUAAAAAGUACAAGCCUACAUGUUUAUAUAUCUACAUAUGACCGCAUACGUAAGCAAAGUGAGACGUGGGAAAAAUAUAAAAGCUGGGUGAAAGGCGAAAGGUUUUUUUAUGCAGAAAAGGUUAUAUAGUACAAAAAAUUAACAAAAAACAUUUUAUUAAAUGUUAAUAACCUAAAAUAUGUAUAAUCAAAUGUUAAAAGGGAAACUAACAAAAUUGCAACACACAAAAAUAUAGAAAGUUAAAAUGCCGACAAAGUGCGUGAUAAACGAGUGCCAAAGCAUGCAAACGAAAAACUGUGGAAUUUCUUUCUUCAGAUUCCCAUUAGAUGACAAACUUUUAUCAGAAAAAUGGAUCACAGCUAUUCAUAAAACACAAUCCUCUAUAACUGCAUAUAGCAGAAUUUGUGAACGGCAUUUCAAGAAAGAAUUUCUUUCUGAAGGACAGGACAGAAAAAGAUUGAAAAUAAAUGCAGUACCAACAGAAUUUUUAACACUACGAGUAGAUCCGUUGCAGGAGCAAAAUAAAAGAUUAAGAAUAAAUGCAGCGCCAACAGAGCCUUUAACAGUACAAGUAGAUCCGUUGCAGGGGCAAAACAAAAGAGUAAAAAUAAAUGCAGUGCCAACGAAAUUCUUAGCACUACGAGUAGACCCAUUGCAAGAGCAAAAUAAAAGAGUCAAAAUAAAUACAGUACCGACAAAACUUUUAGCGCUACGAGUAGACCCGUUGCAAGAGCAAAACAAGAGAUUAAAAAUAAAUGUAGUACCAACAAAACUUUUAGCUCUACGAGUAGAUCCAUUGCAAGAGCAAAAUGGUUUAAUAAAUCUACAUGGACAAGUGAAGACUGGCUGCAAAGAAGAAAUAGUAGCAAAAAGAGAUGUAAUUUCCAACAUUUGCAACAGAAAUGCACACAUUGUACCUAUUUCCGUAAAAGGUAUGUAUUUAGUACGCAUGUACGCCUAUAAUUUCGGUAUAGGAAAUUCUAAUACAUUUGUUUAUGUAGAGAUUGUGCGAACGAAUAAAUGUAUUCCUACAAACGAGCCAAAUCCAGGAUUACAGAUCGUGCGAACGAAUAAAUGUCUUCCUACAAAUGAACCAAAUCUAGAAUUACAAAUUAAAACUCUUAAAGCAGAUAAUGAACGCUUGAGGGCUCUUGUGCAAUCAUUGAAAGACGAUCACACAAGACAAUUAGAAAAUCAGGCGGAAAUGUUUCGGCAUUUGUUGCGGGAGCAAAAGGAAGUUAUGAAAAAUAAAUUAACAUCUGCCUUAAAUAAAGUAAAAUUACUGAAACGACAAAGAAAAAGAUUAGAUGUGAAAAUAACCGAUUUAAAGAAAGCCAAAGACAAGAAAAUAAUUACGAAAAGCAUCUCAUGAUAUUUUGUAGUAAGGCUUGAAGCCACAUAUUUAAACAUAUUUUAUUAUUAAUCAUUUAUAAUUGUUCAAAGUGAAAUAAAUAUUUUAACCGAAAU